AGUUCACUUUUGUUUAAAAGGGAUUUGUUCUGGCAAAUGGCUGCUGAAAAAAAUGAUGGCCUAGAGCCUGCCAAUCAUGAUGCAGCUAACACUGGAAAUGAUCAGCCUGUAGGGGCUGUCGCUAGCACGGAGGCGACAACGGCUUUAUUGCCAGCAAAAAAUGAUACUGCAGGACGCAAGCGCAAGCGGCACCUAUUGAAUUCCAUACGCGCACAGAUGGAAUUCUACUUUGGUGAUGCGAAUCUAAGCAAGGACCGCUUUCUGCGUCGCUAUGUGGAGCAAGAUCCAUACGUUCCACUGGACAUAUUUCUGACGUUCAACAAAAUCAAGACACUCACACAGGAUGUUCAGCAAAUAUCGACAUCGCUGUCCAAUUCACAGCUGCUGGAGUUGGAUGAGAGUGGCCUAAAGGUGCGUCGUAAGACUGAGUUGCCGAAACAACGAGACGUCAACGAUAAGACGCUGUAUGUCGAGGCGCUGCCAGCGACGGCAACACACGAUUGGCUCAAGGAGGUGUUCAGUCGCUAUGGACCGGUUUCGUAUGUGUCACUGCCGCACUACCCGGGCACGCGAAAAAUCAAGGAGUUUGCCUUUAUUGAGUUUGAGAAGAGCGGUUCCGUGGAGAAAGCCAUUAAGGCAUUUGCCCAAGUUCAGGGUGUUCUAUCGGUGGAGCACACAGAUCCCGCCGACUUGGCGAGCAUACGCUCGUUUCAGCAGCAACCGCAGAUGACAAGCAGCAGUACGGAUGUGGGAACAGAAUCAAAUGUUCGUAUCAAACAGGCAAUCAAACGCGAAAGCGACAAGGAUGCUUUGCAGGAGACCGUUGCUGCUAAGCGCAUAAAGCUUGAGCCGCUGCAGGAGCCAAGCGAGGCAUCUGGCGUCGAGACUACCGACGCAGAGACCUCACAGCAAAGCGACACGGACAACAAGAAGGACGACAAUAGCAAAGCGGAGGGGACCAAAGAGAAGAAGCGUCGUCGCAAGCAAAAGAAGCGUAUUAUGGCGGACAAACUGAAACCGAACAUAACACCCAACGCCAUGGAGCUCAAGAUACUGCCCAAGAGCAGCUGGUGCAGUCUGCGCAACAAAUAUCUCAAUCUGCAGCGGCGCAUGAUCAGUGAGGCAAAGAGCAAACUGUGGCGCAGUUCUCAGGCUAAGCAACCGUCACAGAAGUGCACAGCGAUGCAGCACCAGCAACUGCAGGCACAACAGCAGCAGCUAGUCGAGUCCAAGGGCAGCUGCAACAGCGGCACCAGCAGUGGCCACGAAGACCCUGAGCCACUCAGCGAUGCGGGAGAAGCGGCAGAGGUGCCAGUGCCAUCCAAGCGUCGCAAGCGCAACAAAAAUGCUGGCGUACACAAAAUGAAUAUGAAUUUUUAUGGCGCCGGCGGCAGCGAGGCAGACGAUAGCAAAAUGACGGGCAAGGCCGAAGAUGCGGCACAGGAGCGAUCGCCACUCUUCAAAUACGAACCGGGCUUAAUUGUUGAGUGCACUCUGCAGGAGCCCUGCGUCAAUGUGAAGGACUUCAAGACGGACAUGCGUCAGUAUACGGACAUCAAGUACGUUGACAUUAAAGAGGGCGACCAAGUGGCGCAUUUGCGUCUGGUCACGCCCACCGCCGCCGAGGAUUUGGCGCGCCAACUAAGCUGCGCCGAAAUGCAGUUCAAAGUGCUGCGCGGCCAGUCAGAAUCGCAAUAUUGGCGCAAAAUCGAGGAGGAUCGCGAAGCCAAGCUGUCGAAGAAGGUGCGUGUGCAACAGAAGCGCGGACGUGAAAAGGUGGCCAAACUUUUAGCCAAACACAUCAAGUUCGAUGAUGCCGACGAUGAGACAUUGAUUGUUUCUGGUGGCGCCAACGUCAACGAUCCGGUUUCUAGCGUCAUCAUCUCAACGGACAUCUAGCCUAAGCACAUCCAAGCAACGAGCUUCAAAGAUCGAUUUUCUCUGCAGUGGCAGCGGGUGGGCAAAAUGGACAAAUGAAAAGGUGUAUUUACCAUGUAAAACAUCAUGUGAUGUGAAUCAUAAAUAUAAUAGCGUUAAGCAAAUAUAUAAAUAUAUAUUUAAAAAACAGUUUAAUAAAACAUUGCUUCGAAACGCAGAAACAAA